UUAUGAAACAAUAUAAAGGCCAGAGUGGUGCGACCAAGAUAUUCAAAUUAAGCAAAAGCCAAGAAAUCAAGAGGUAAGUAAUGGCAUCCUCACAAUCACAGCUUGUGCCUCAACAACCUCCGGCAGGACGCAGAAGGGAACGUUUCUUGUUCUCGUCCUCAGAUGACAAUGCAAUGAUCAAGCAAAUCGAAGCCACUAAUGCUCCUGAUGACCGUGACUUCACUGUCAAACCUCUUCUUGAAAUCGUUGAAGACAUUUUUCACCGCUCUACUCCUGCUGCACCUGGCGUUGCCCUUGAAAUGAAAUCGUUGGAGGCAGUCGAUGAGAAGGCUCUCCAUUCUGGGUUUGAUGACAUGUUUGAGUUUGUGUCCCGUACCAUUUAUAGAAUUUACUGCGAGUUGGGCUCCAAAUGUUUCUCUGCGGCAGACGCACACACAACAACUAUAGCAAUACUCAACAUCUUAUCAAAUUACAAAUGGGACGCAAAGGUAGUGCUGAGUUUAGCAGGAUUUGCACUCAUUUAUGGAGAAUUCUGGCUGGACGCUCAGCUUUACCAAACUAACCCACUGGCCAAAGGAGUAGCAAUUCUCAAGCAUCUCCCUACAAUCUUGGAACGCAGCGAUACUCUGAAGCCAAGGUUAGAGGCUGUUACCAAAUUGAUCCGGGCCAUGCUUGAUGUGAGUAGGUGCAUUGUUGAGUUCAAGCAACUUCCAUCUCAGUACGUUGCUCAAGAUUCGCCUGAAUUAUCAACAGCCACAGCUCAUAUCCCUAUUGCUGUUUACUGGACAAUCCGCAGCACUAUAGCCUCUGCUGCACAAAUUAUUGGACUCAUUGGCAUGGGUUAUGAAUUCAUAGCAUCUACUCAAGAAACUUGGGAGCUAUUAAGCUUGGCACACAAACUCAGCAGCAUCCAUGACCAUCUUAACGAUCAACUCAAAAUUUGCCAUCAACUAAUAGAGGAGAGAAAACAUAUCGAAGCUUACCAAACGCUUGUCCGCCUCUUCAAGACAGCCCAUAUUGAUAACAUGAAGAUUCUUAGAGCUUUGUUUUAUGCAAAAGAUGGUCUGCCACUUUACAAUUGCUCUUCAGGGAAAAAGGUCAGUAUUGACGUGUUGAAGAAGAAGCUUGUUCUGCUAUUUAUUUCAGACUUGGAGCUGUCAGUAGAUGAGCUUCAAAUUCUGCUAUUGAUGUACAAUGAAUCGAAGCAGAACAUGAGGCCAGAGAGCGAGUAUGAGGUGGUGUGGGUGCCCGUUGUGGACAGAUCAGUUGCAUGGAACGAGGAGAGGCAAAAACAUUUUGAGUAUCUGCAGUCAAUGAUGCCAUGGUACAUGGUGAAUCACCCUUCAAUAAUUGACCCAGCGGUUAUAAGGUACAUCAAGGAAGAGUGGCUGUUCAACAAAAAACCUUUGCUGGUGGUGUUGGAUCCCCAAGGUAGAGAAGUGAAUCGCAAUGCAAUCCACAUGAUGUGGAUUUGGGGAGGCCUUGCCUAUCCUUUCACCAGGGCAAGAGAGGAAGCUAUUUGGAAACAACAGUCUUGGAGUCUUGAGUUACUCGCAGAUAAUAUUGAACCAUUAAUCUUUACUUGGAUGAAAGAUGGGAAAUACAUCUGCUUGUAUGGCGGAGAAGAUAUAGAAUGGAUCAGGAAAUUCACAGUUACAGCACAAGCAGUGGCUGAAGCUGCCAAGAUUGGACUAGAGAUGCUUUAUGUGGGUAAGAGUAAUCCAAGAGAGAGAGUUCGCAAAAACAAUGCAAUCAUUCAGGUGGAGACGCUGAGCCACACAUUGCCAGAUCUGACACUAAUCUGGUAUUUCUGGGUGCGGCUUGAGAGCAUGUGGCACUCCAAAACACAGCAAGACAAACAAGUGGAUGACGACCCAAUCAUGCAAGAGGUUAUGACCAUGCUCAGCUUCGACGGCAGUGACAUUGGUUGGGCUGUGAUCUUCAAAGGAUCAAACGAGAUGGCCAGAGCAAAAGGAGACACAUUCUUGAAGUGUCUCAACGAAUACACCUUAUGGAAAGAUCGUGUAGGACCGAAUGGCUUUGUGCCAGCAAUGAAUGAGCAUUUGGACGCGAUCCACAGCCCCCACCACUGCAAUCGCCUUAUAUUGCCAGGCACCACAAGACACAUUCCUGAGAGGGUAGUCUGCUCUGAGUGUCGUCGUCCCAUGGAGAAGUUCCUCAUGUACCGUUGCUGCACUGAUUAACAUCUUCCAAGUACUUCAAGUUUGCACUAUGUUUCAGCGUUGGACUCUACUCUAGAAUAAUCGCUGCCUCCUGCUUUAUAUCGUAAACAGUUAUGCUCGUGUCCUAGAAGCUCGGAUUUUCUGUGUGUUCUAUUCAUGCCUAUACAUAUAAUCUAAUACCCAGUUCCAUAUAGAUAUAUAUACAGAUGUCCCUCAUAAUUAUAAUAGACGUAUGUACCUGGUGUCUCGAGUGCAAAGAUAUGUGUUCUUAUGCUUAUUUGAAUUGCUUAUACAUAUUUUAUUUAAAUUAA